UGUUUCCUGAUACUUCUCUCUUUUCUAUUGUUUCUUUUUCUUUAUGUUUCUCUUACUUCAUGGAGAAGGGGAAAUAUUUAUUUGAAAAUUUUUCCUACUUCUAUAGGUUUUGAACUCAAGGGAAGAAGAUGCAUCCACCUUUGACUCUACAUAGACACCCUUUAUGUGCUGAUAUAAUUGAAGAGUUUCAGAAAUGUCAUACAGACCACCCACUAGGGAAAUUCCUUGGGCAAUGCACAGAACUGAAAGUAAAGCUUGACCGGUGCUUUAGGCAGGAAAAAGCUAUAAAGAGGAAAGCAAAUUUUGAACAGAGCAAGAAGUUGAAAGAGAGGCUCCAGGCUUACAGGAAAGAAACUGCUGACAUGCAAUCUUGAAUCUGAUAAUAGUUAUGUUGACAAGACACUGUUGUGCAAUAUUUCAACACACGAAGGAAAGCUUAACGACUGGGAUUUAUCAGAGAAAGAUUGGUGAAUAGAAUUGUCGUUCGUCUAUUCUGAUGUUUU